UUGUGUCUGGUUGUGAUUCAUUCACUCUUUGAAAAAGCAAAGCAGACAAAGCAGAUGAUUUCUCCUAGUUCUAGACUUCUAGUAGCAGACCCCAAAACCAGGACCGACUUUAUUGUUUACUCCAACUACUUUAACUCCUUUGUCUUCUCUGCUAUAUGUAUAUAAGUCCCUGGCAUUCCCUGUCUGUCUCAUUCAUUAAUUCCCCACCUAAGCCUAAUCCCUUGUCUUUGUUUCACUUUAUUGCUCCACUCCCAUCUGCAGUAUCUCAUCGACUUACCAUAUUUCCAAUCUAGAGUUUUGAAUGGAGACUGUAGAAUUGAAGGUGGAUAUGGUCGGCAUACAUGAGAAAAGAUUGAGGAAAUGCUUGUCAAAAUUGAAAGGUAUAGAGAAGGUGGAAGUUGAUGCAAACAGUCAUAAGGUGGUGGUCACAGGAUACGCACAUCGGAACAAAAUCCUUAAAGCAGUAAGGAGAGGUGGUCUGAAAGCUGACUUCUGGUCUGCCCAAAAUGAGCUUCUCAGUGCUUAUGCCAGUGCCAGUUAUGGAAGCUUGAGAUUCAACAACUUCAACUUGUUUUAGAAGUUUUUUAUUCCCCAUUUUCCUUUCUUUUCGUUUCUUUUCUUUUCUAUACUCUUUGUUGGAUCAUAUACCAAGGUCAUGUCUAUCUGUCAUGUCUUCGUUUUUCCAUUUUUUCUUCUAAAUAUCUGUCAUCUUUUUCUUUUACAAAAGAACUGUCCCAUGUUCAAUGAAGAUACAUACGUAAGAGUGAAAUGGAAGUCUUCAAGUUUUGCUGCUUU